AUGUCGACAGUGGAGAUGGGGAGGUUGUUAACACCAUCACAUAAGAUAAAGUUAUGUUUUCUCUUCAGAAACCAGACCAUUCCAGAGUUCUUCAAACCAGUUUUAAAGCAAGACCUUGGCCAUAAAGACAGAACUGUGUUGUGCUCACCAGACAGAGGAAAUGUAAAAGAUGCAGGAAUCGGACUGUCAGUUUUACACACGGAACGUUUUGGAAAGAAAAUAUCUUCUCCAAAGAAGGGAAAUGAAUGUCCUUUAAGAAAAAUACCACAUUCUGGUUCAAGGGAGACUGCCUCAGAUGACCCAUCUCAACCAAAGCCAACGCAGGUUUCAAAACAUGAGGCAUCUUCUCCAAAUGCACUGGGAACAUCAUCUGAGAUGGCUGUUGGUAUGCAGAAGAGCCAGUCUGUUCCUUCAUGCUGCCUUGGAUUUAAGAUGUCUUCUGGGCGAUCCAAACAAAUAGACUUUCCUGGGAAAAGAAAACACACUGCCGUGAGUGUGGAUGCAGACAGUUUAAAUCAAUCUGAAUUAUCAAGUUUGAAUGACCCUACUUUUAGUAGGUCAUCUGCAAAAUGCAAAAAUAGGAGGUCUGACUUUGUAAAAAAUAUCCUUUUAAAGUCUACUUGUGGUGAUGUUCUGCAACUAAUGGAGGCUGCUGCUCUACCUAGACAUGAUUCUACUCUUCCAGAGGAAUAUCUCAACUCAAGUGAUGAAAAUGAGAAAAAUAAUUGCUCCUCUGUAGGUUUGUCAUCUUCAUGUUCUGCACACAGUCCUGGUAAAAAUAACCACAUUUCUGUUGUGGGUACCAAAGAGAAUCAAUUGCAGGUGGUUAACUCAGGCUUUUUCUUGGAAAAGUCCCUUCCUUUUUCUCAGGAAAAAAGUACUGUGUUGCCUUCUUUUCACCGCUUAACACAAACAAAAGGUGUGGAAUCUCAUCUCCAGAAUGCUGGCUUAUCUCAGGUAUCGAAUGCCAAGAAGGAACAAGAUGGGAAAAGGCCAGAAAGACAUGCACACAAUAAAGCUUACGAUAUUCAAUCCAGCGACAGUUUUUCAAAAACAAAAGACAAGACUUCAGAAAAUGCUUCUGGUUCUUGUUCAGUGGAAGGUUCUGGGAAACCUGCGCUCUCAGAAGAGACUGGUAAAAGUGUUCCGCGUUCAUUGUCUUUUAAAGAAGGGGGCAUGGACAGCAGCCAUAUGUCUUCACAACUCUCAGGUGAGUUAAAAGUAGAAAGCACCUGUACAGACAAGUCCAAGUUGAACAGAAAAGCAAAAAGCAGCUUUGACAGUGAAGACGAGAGUUUGGAGUGCAGUCUAGAUGAUGAUGAUGAAGAAGAAGUAUUUAUGCCACUGCAAGAAAUUCUGUCUUCAAGUCCCAAGCCACAGGCAGGAACCCUGGAAGAAUCUUGUCUUGACAGUUUUUCUCAGGACACAAUGACUCCAUUACUGAAGCUUCAUCUUUCUAAGCCUCCUGUUGUUAGCCAGGUGUCAUAUGUGAACAGUUUAGAACAUCUCUUGAAGGAGAAAGAAGAAUCUAAAAGGGUAGAUGAACUAGAAAAGCAGUUACAGGAAGACAUACAAGGACGGGAAACUGAUUCUUCAGAUGGCGAAGAUGAGGAGAACGCCAGUGGAGAUGAAGAUCUCUCAGAAGAGCACAGGGCGUUUAUAAAGAGAUUUUCAGUAAUAGCUCAUGCCAUACCUGACUACCACCCUGGAGAAGACAUAUUUGAUUUAUCAACCUCUGGGAAAAUCUUCAAUCAACAUAACCUUGACUUGAGGAAUUUUCAUUUCAUCCCUCAAAAUCCUAUAGAAAAGCUCCUUCUUAGUUCUGGUGUAACACAGCAGCUUUCUUUAGCUAUUAAUGGUUUUCUAAGUUCUGCUUACAGUUGUAUCUUGUGUCCCAUACAAAUUAUAAAGUGGCUUUUCCAGAUGAUGUCUGUUCAUCCUGACUAUUGUGUUUCCACCCAGAUUUUAGAGAGAUUGAUGGAGAUAACACUAAAAAAUGCUUCCAUCAGUGAUGAACAGUCUAAACCAUGGAUUCCUUCACUAGCUGAUGUGUCAGCUGUUUUUGUCAAUAUGGGUGUUGCGUUUAGAUCUCUCUUUCCAUUGCAGCAUCUUCAGCCCAACUUUAACGAGUGUGAUAUUUUAAGUCAGAUGCAAGAAACAGUGAGUAAACAACAGCCAAGAGGAGACCUAACCUCUGCCAGUCCAGCCUUCUCCAGUGUACCAGAAAACAAUUUAAUUAAUGUGAUUAAGUUUCUAGGUUUCUGUACAACGGCAGUUCAAGGUGGAUAUACUGAUCAAGAAAUAUUGCUGCUGCUUCUAUUGCUAUUUAAAAUAAGCUUGGAGAAACAGUUAAAGCAAAUUCCUUUGAUAGAUUUUCAGUGCCUUUUCAUACAGCUUCUGAUAAGUAUAAAAGACUGGGAUACAAAGAUGCCUGAGCUCUGCCUGGCAGUGAGUGAACUCUCCAGUCAUCACCAUAAUCUCCUGUGGCUAGUUCAGCUGGUGCCUAGCUGGAUAAUACGUGGACGGGAAGUAAGAAGACGUCUUAGCCUAGUGAUAAUUUCAAAGCUUCUUAAUAAAAAGCAUAUAGAAAUACCUGAUGACAGUGACAAGCAGAUGUCUCUUCUGCAUCAGUUUCUGGUGUACAUGAAACCUUCUAAUCUACUAAAGAAGAUGAGAGAAGGGCUGGAGCAGCAGGAUGCCGAUGGAGACCACCUUCAUACAGAACUAGAACAGGAGGCAUACUACCUAAUCUACAUCCUCCUUCAUUUAGUCAGUGAAGCUAGUUUCUUUGAUGCUGUAAAUUCUAAUCAAAGGCAACACCUACUGAAGCUUUGUGGUGCCUUAGAUAAGCACAUAAAAUGUGAUAUUAGGGAAGAUGCAAGGCUGUUUUAUCGAACUAAGGUAAAAGACUUAGUUGCUAGGAUAUAUGGCAAAUGGCAAGAUAUGAUACAAACCACUCGGCCUACUCAGGGAAAACUGCAUGACUUCUGGGAGCCAGAUUCAUGAAAUCUUGCCUAGUUCAGGGAAAAUACCAGAAAAAAUCUGAAACUAAGGAAGAUGUAGAAUGAAUGGAGCUUCACCUUGGUUGAAAAAGAAGAAAUCAGUCACCUGAGU